AUGAUAUAUUUUUUCGAUUUAUUGUUAUUAAGUUUAGUGGUUGGGUUGGUUGGAGUUGCUUCUAAUCCUGCACCAUAUUUUGCGGCUUUAGGGCUGGCAGUGGCUGCUGGGGUUGGGUGCGGGGUGCUGGUUGGUCAUGGUGGGUCAUUAAUUGGUCUAAUAUUAUUUUUAAUUUAUUUGGGGGGAAUAUUAGUGGUGUUUGCAUAUUCGGCUGCUUUGGCAGCUGAGCCUUUUCCUGAAACGUGGGGGGCGGGGUCAGUUAAGGUUUAUGUUUUAAUGUACUUAUUAGGGGUAGGUGCAGCGUUGUGGUGGUUUUGAAGCGGCUAUGGAGGCUGAGUUGUGGUAGAUGAAUUUAAGGAAUUUUUUGUAGUGCGGGGGGAUAUUGGUGGGGUUUCUUUAAUGUAUUCUGUUGGGGGUGGUAUGUUAGUUACGUGUGCGUGGGUUUUAUUAUUAUGUCUUUUUGUGGUAUUGGAGUUAACUCGUGGGUUGAGUCGGGGAGCACUUCGGGCCGUUUAG